ACUGUCGUCUCGAUCGAAUGAAACGCGUUGGCAAAGGAACUUUGAGUUUCUGAGAGAGGUCCCUCUUGUUCAAAAGUAGAAGAAGAAGGAGAGAGAGAGAAGAAAAGGAAUUUAUAUUUAUAAAAAACAAAUCUGCUUUUCGGUUCGAAUCCGUACAUUCAUGGCGCUGCUGAUCGGACUUAAAGCAUCGUCUCCUUCUUUCCGCUAUUACCCACUUUAGCAGAGUAGCGAAUUUCUCAGAUCUUUCCGUUCCAUCCCAAGCCUCUCUGAUUCAACUUUUGGAGAUUUCUUUCUUCCCAAUCCAAGCGAGCCUUAAUGGCGUUUUGUUGUUGGAAUGUUGUACGUAGUGAGAAAUAGAUGCUGAUAAUAUUAUAAUCAGUGGUGGGAGCAAUAUGAGCCAUGAAAAUGGUGUUCUUGAGCAGCUUCCUUGCCAAGUUAACGGGACAAUCAAUUGUGAUGUAAAGACUGCAUCUCCAGGUGAAAGUUCAGAAAUUGUGCCCCAGUUAGAAGAGAGCUUGGCUUUAAGUUCUGCUACAGAGAAUGUUCAAGACAGAUCAAUAGAUACUGCAUCUYCAGAUGAAAGUUCAGAAAUUGUGCCCCAGUUGGAAGAGAGCUUGGCUUUAAGUUCUGCUACAGAGGAUGUUCAAGACAGAUCAAUAGAUACUGCAUCUCCAGAUGAAAGUUCAGAAAUUGUGCCCCAGUUAGAAGAAAGCUUGUCUUUAAGUUCCACUACAGAGGAUGUUCAAGACAGAUCAGUAAUCCAUGUGGACAGCAACGGUUUGGUCAUAGAUAAGGAAUUAAGUGGAGAAGACAAAGAGCAGACAGACCAUCACAAACCACAGAAAGGUCAAAGGAAGAGCAAGAAUGAGAAGCCCUCUAGCACUAAAGUUGGUGUGGCAACCUCGGUGCAAAAGACCAAAGAUGGAAAACAUGUGGAGGCAACAUCUUCUGCUCUAAAUGGUUCAGUUACCUCAACUGUGAGGUCAAAGCAGUCUGUUGCACCUGCAACCAACUGGAAGUCAAUUAAUGAUAGGCAAUCUGUUGAAGGAAAUGCAAGUUCUGAAUCAAGCAGGCCAACAAAAUCUUCUGCAACAAGUACUGCCCAGAAAUCCCAGCAACAUGGAAAAUCUGUUUCAGCUCCCAACAUGAAUGUUUCACAGUCUGAAGGCCCGAAGGAGCAAGGCAAGCAUCUGAAAACACUGAAGGAAGGAGUAUCCACUAAAGUUGAAGAGAACGCAAUUUCCACUUCUCUAAGCCCCAAAGCAGGAGGUCCAAAAACCCGAAGAGUGGGAAGUUUACCUUCCUAUGGCUUUAGUUUUAGGUGUGAUGAACGAGCUGAGAAAAGAAAAGAGUUCUUCUCAAAGCUUGAGGAAAAGAUCCAUGCAAAGGAAGUAGAGAGAUCAACAUUACAGGCCAAAUCCAAGGAAACUCAAGAAGCAGAGAUUAAGUUGCUCAGGAAGAGCUUGACCUUUAAAGCGACACCAAUGCCAAGUUUCUACGAGGAACCUGCACCUCCCAAGGUGGAGUUGAAGAAGAUACCACCAACAAGACCCAAAUCGCCAAAGCUAGGUAGGCAUAAGAGCUUACCUGUGGAAAAAAAUAAGAGCUUACCUGUGGAAGGUUCUGAAGGAAAUAGCAGUCACAGCAGUAGAACUGGCAGGCUGAGUCUUGAUUCGAAAAGCUCCCAAAAUGGCUUUGUGAAGGGAAAAUCUCCUGUACAAACCAAGAAGCCUCUGAGAAAGUCUCUUCCUAAACUGCCCUCGCAAGAGUCUACGUUAACCAGUGUAACAGAUGAUGCCACAGAAAAGGAGUCUGUUGCAGUUGCUGUCCCAAAUGAAAGUGUGUCCAGUCCAAAUAACGAGCCUAUUGCUGAAGAACAUACAUCACCCUCAAAGCAGGAGCCCAUUGGUGAACCAAUUGCUUCAGAGCAGCAGUAAAAAUCGAUAUGCACCUGCAUACUCUGGAACAUCAAUACUAUCUUUGCCUAAAUUAAGGAAGGUAUGAAUAAGACUGGAAAUCUGGAAUUCAUUAUCAAUAGAGUGAAGGAUUUCGUAUUAUGGUUGUAUUGUGCUCUUGUUCAUAGUCCGCUUUAAGGUUGCUUGGUUCUUUACAUGGUUGCUUUUGUGAUUGCUGGUCCAGUUGAAUAGGACUUGCACUCUACUUGCAGCAUUGUAUUAUUAUUUAUAGGGGUUUUCUUCUUACCAUUUUCAAUUUUAAUUUGAAUAUAUUUUUGGUUGCUGAGUAUUAAAUGCUAAAUUACACUUGGUCUU